AUGGACUUUCAAGCUCUACCGAACCUCGCUGUGCGAUCCGUGGGCUUCGUUCUUCUUAGUCUCCAGAAGGUGCCGGGCUCAACCAUAGUAGAACGCUACAUACGAUCGAGCCAUCAGAACGAUCCUAUCCGCUCUGCCAUUGAAUUCGUGCUCUUUCUGUUGUUCAUUCCAUACUUGACCGCUUCCUCGUAUUCCACGAAGACAAAUUUCUUGGAUCUUACGGAAGAUGCAAUUGAUGAGCUUGUCGCGGAAUGGACACCUGAUCCACUCGUGGAUCCCCUAACAGAGCUCGAAGUAGCCAUGAACGAAAAGCAGCUUGUAAUUGUCGGGGGGACAGGGCCAAGAUGUAAACUCACAAAUGGCUGCACGGUAAUGAACUUUGCUUCAUACAAUUUCUAUAAUUUUGCUGGCAACGAGCAUAUUAAGCAAAAUGCAAUUGAAACGCUGCGCAAAUAUGGCGUGGGUCCUUGCAGCGCGCCGCAAUUCUACGGUACGCAAGAUGUGCACAUGGAAACCGAAGCCAAGAUUGCCUCAUUUAUAGGCACUGAGGCUUGUAUUCUCUAUGCUCAUGCCCUCUCAACGAUUACUAGUGUAAUCCCUUCGUUUGCAAAACGAGGCGAUAUCAUCGUCGCCGACAAGGCGGUUAAUUAUGCGAUUCGCAAAGGGCUUCAGAUAUGCAGGAGCAAGAUUCGCUGGUAUGAGCAUAACGACAUGGAGGAUCUUGAGAGAGUGCUGCAAAAGGUCACCAAGGAAUCAAAGACGUUGACCCGAAGAUUAGUCGUGACGGAAGGCCUGUUUGAAACUAUUGGCGACACUAUAGAUCUUCCCAAAAUAGUUGAACUCAAGUUGCGAUACAAAUUCCGUCUUAUUUUAGAUGAAACUUGGUCUUUCGGGGUCCUCGGUAGAACUGGUCGUGGAGUCGCAGAUUCCCAGUCUAUAGAUCUUACACAGGUAGACAUGAUAAUCGGGUCCUUAUCCGGCCCUUUGUCUGCUGCUGGUGGGUUCUGCGCAGGCACCCACGAUGUCGUACAGCACCAGCGGGUCGCAUCUACAGCCUACACCUACUCAUCUGCAAUGCCAGCCAUUCUCACAACAACCGCUCGCGAAACGAUCAAGAAUACAGCUGUGAUGAGAGCACAGAUUGCAAAAUGCGACUGGGUAUAUUCCACAAGCGUACCCGAGAAUCCGAUGCAACUCCUUGUUCUUAAACCGGAUAUUAUCAAGGGUCACGAUCUGAGCAUCGCUAAGCAAGAGCAAAUCCUCCAGGAAUGUGUAGGCGAGGUGCUCGCAAAUAAUGUUCUUAUCACUCGUCUCAAGAGCAUGCCUCAGAUCCAGAAUACCACGGUACGAGAGCAGGGCUGGCAGCUACAACCUGCAUUAAAAGUGUGCAUCACAACUGGAUUGGCGAAGAAGGACAUCGAGAAAGCAGGCGUUGUGAUCAGACAGGCUAUCGCGAAGGUUUUGAAGAAGAGGAUGAGCAGUAAGCUUGCCCUGCCGAACGGUACUUAA